AUGGAUGGAGAGAGUGGUCGUCCAAUAGUGGGAUCUGGUGCUCAGCAACAGUCAUCAGCCCAGAACCGAGCUGCUAGCGAUGCGGAUUAUAUCUCACCCAUGAGAAUUCCCAUUGAGGAUGGCAGCGGUACGCGGCGAUAUAGCUCAGUUGGUUCGAGACACAGUAAUGGCAGCGGAAUACCCAGCUUGAUUCCCCGUAGCACCCUUGCACAGCGCACGCAGGGCAAAUUCACCCUAGCUGGACCGGACGGAAUCCCCCAGCUACGGUUGGCUCAGGAACCCUUUGUCCAGCCUGGGUACGCCGAUCUAAAUCCAUCCUAUGAACAGGCUUCUAACGCCAGGCCGGUCUGGUCUCUGGCAAAGCCACUGCCCCGUGUAGUGCGGCCGAGCAUGGUACCAACCAAAGAUGAGCUUUUGCAGAACUUGGAAAAAGCCCAGUAUCCCACGGCAAACUCACAGAGACUUGGCCUUGAUGUGAACCCAAAUGCUAUUCAGCAGGGUCGCAUUGAUAAGUCUUCCAACCCGCGUAAGAUAGCUGCCCAGGUUGAGGAUGCUCGCUUGCAGCGUGAGAAUAAUUUCAUGAAUAAGAUUCUCACGGGUGAUAGCACCUCUGCGAGGACUUCACGCAUGUCACGUACCUCCUCGGUCAGAGGAAGACGUCCUUCAGCCUGGGAAUUGCCGCUAGAUCAGCUAUCCACUGUACAGGAGGGAGGCUCUCCAAACAAUGGAUCAGAGGAGCCACCUGAGCUCGGUGAUGAUCACCUAGCGAAUCAAGACCUGGGUGCAAGGCUGGAUGAAUUGUUAGAUAUUCCAGAACUGGAGAAGGCAGGGUACCCCGAAGAUCUGCAUCCACUUGUGGAGGAACUGGUGGAGGACGAAGUGCACAACAACCAUACCACCUGGUCGGUCAUCCGUACACACCAUCGCGAAGCUCUCGCCGAAGCUCUGGGUGUAUUUGUCCAGCUCACUAUGGGUUUCUGUGUCGACUUGUCCGUCACCGUCGCUAAGCAGGGCAAUCCUAACACAACCGCCUGGGCAUGGGGGUUGGCAACCAUGAUGGCAAUCUACAUUUGUGGUGGUAUUUCCGGCGCCCAUCUCAAUCCAGUCGUGACCAUGGUACUGUGGUUCUUCCGUGGUUUCCCUAAACGCAAGAUACCCGAAUACUUUGCUGCUCAGUUUCUAGCUGCCUUUUGUGCAGCUCUUGUUGCGUAUGGAAUCUACUACGAAGCCAUUCGGAACUACCUCUAUCUCAACCCCAACACUGGUAUUAUCAACAGCUUUGUGACAAAUUCGCGUGAGGUAUGGAUUAGUUCUACCACGGCAUUCUUCAAUGAGUUUAUCGGUACGGCCUUUUUGAUUGUCACCAUACUGGCCCUUGGUGAUGACCAGAAUGCUCCACCUGGAGCUGGUAUGAACUCGCUGAUCAUUGGCUUGGUCAUUACUUGUCUGAGCAUGUGCUUUUCCUAUCAGACCGGAGCGGCAUUUAACCCUAGUCGCGACUUUGGUCCUCGGCUUGCGCUUCUUGUUAUCGGUUACCCUAGCACUCUAUUCACUAAUUCUUACUGGCUCUAUGGGCCUUGGGCUGGAGCUCUGAGUGGUGGGUUUAUGGGUGCUUUCCUAUAUGACUUUUUCAUCUUCACCGGUGGUGAAUCCCCCGUCAACUACCCGCUUGAGCGUACCCAGCGCGCCAUGUCCAAGAGUGGGAUGAGGUGGAAGCGCCGACUGCAAUUGAAGUAA